CGAAACGAUGAUGUGGGUUCGUAAAAAACGUGAAAAAUAUUAAAAAAAUGGAGAUGCGGGGUAUCGAUCCCCGUACCUCUCGCAUGCUAAGCGAGCGUUCUACCAUCUGAACUACAUCCCCAGCUGUGUUUGGUUAAAUUAUCUACUUUAUUUAAGUAUGCAUUUGCGAAGUUUUAAGUAGAGAAUUUGAAAUGCACUAAGUGACUUCUCCCUUCAGUGGUCAGCCGGCAGUCGAGGAGCAAAACAGAUCCCAAGUGCUGCCGGCGAGCCAGCCGGCCUCCAGCUUGUAGCGACCGUUCGUGACGUCGAUGGGUGACUUCGUGGGCCACGUGCUGCCGGGCACGCUGCUGCUGGCGGUGGGCCUGUGGCGGGUGUGGGCGUCAGUGGCGCGCUUCGCGGCCGACCCGGCGGCGUUCCGCGUCCGCGCCUGGAACCCCGUCCCGGCGGCGGGGCCGCGGCUGCUGGAGCUGCACGUGGUGGCCGGCGGCGCGUUCCUGGACAUGUGCGUGGAGCUCUACUACGCCAACCCGCUCCGCGUCCUCACCGGCGGCGGGGUCGACCCGGGCCACCUCGGCGGCCUCGAGCACGCCAGCAUGCUCCUCAUGUUCUUCCUCUUCGGCGCGCUCGCCCUCGUCUCCGAGAAGACCAGGUACCUGCCUUUAUCGGACGGCGCGCUGAGCCUGGUGUUCGCGAGCGCAUUCACGGCGGAGUUCCUGCUCUUCUACUUCCACUCCACCACGCACGCGGGGCUGGAGGGCUACUACCACCGCCUCCUCCUCGCCGUCCUCGCCCUCUGCAUCGCCGCGCUCGUCGCCGGCGCGCUCCUUCCCGCCAGCUUCCCCGCCGACCUCGGCGCCGGCGUCCUCAUCGCCGUCCAGGGCCUGUGGUUCUACCAGGCCGCGCUCGCGCUGUACGGCCCCAUGCUCCCCGCGGGCUGCGUCCGCCACUUCGACUCCCCUCACUCCGACGCCCGCAUCGAGUGCCACGGCGGCACCGCGCAGGAGCGCGCCGAGCAGCUGGCCAACUUCCAGCUGUUCGGGCUCGUGUUCCUCGCGUUCGUCUACGCGCUCGGGUGCUACGCCGUGGCCGCGGCAAGGUAUGGGAAUAACCUGGAGCUGACGACGGUCCAUCACACACAUGUCGCUGCGACUGCCAUGUAGAAGGAGAACAAAGUUCACGAUCUAGUGGCCACGGAUCUCUUUUUUUCUUGUUCGGUUCAGAGUACGUAGGGCAGGCGAGUACAUGAAUGGCUGGGCUGUUCAAAAGAAGCUCGAGUGUGAUCUUACCUACCACAUGGACCUGUCACUGUAAAAUGUCAAGUUCGUGCAAAGGCUGAUUGAGGGGGUGUUUGGUUUCUAGGGACUAAUAUUUAGUCCCUUCAUUUUAUUCAUUUUUAGUCUAUAAAUUGCUAAAUAUAGAAACUAAAAUAAAGUUAUAGUUUCUAUAUUUGACAAUUUUUGAACUAAAAUGGAAUAAAAUGUAGGGACUAAACAUUAGUCCCUAGAAACCAAACACCCCCUGAAUUAAUGGAAUCGCCGGGUGGCUCUCAUUGGGCGUUGAGAAAA